UUCUUGCUUUUUUUUUUAUGUUAAAGUUGCAACAUUUAAAAAAAAAAAAUUGAAAUUUCAAGGUCAAAUAACUGUUAAGGGGACCUGCCAAAAAUUACACACUUUGGGAUGGCAUACCCCUACUGGUACUUAACACAACCUGCAAGUUUCAUUUUGUGGUUCACUGUGGUUCCUUAGCUACAAGCUCUCAAAUUUGUACAGAAAUGUGGCCUGAAUUGUUGCAUUAAAUGGAAAAUUUUACUGCAAUUAUGACCAUUUGUGAAAGCAAUAUCUUACUAAUAAAUAAUUUAACUCUGUCUUUAAAACACUAAAAUGAUAAAAUGAGAGAGUUUUGUAAAAUAGUUUACCAUACAUUAAUUGUCACACAAUAUAAACAUUGUUAAGGCCAAGUCUGUUUGCAGUUUAGCAGAAACAAAUGUGUUGACAACAUGCCACAGCCUACGAACUCUCCGCAGCUUUCACUGUAUUUUCAAAAACGAGUUUAACUUAUGACAAAGUUGUGUACUUUUCUCCUGAGAAAUGUUGUAGGUUCUCCCUGUGGCUGUGGUGAAGUCUAGUGAGAGAAUGUCAAUGAUAUUAGCACUCUUCACCCAAACAACAUCAUUGUUUGUCUUGCUGAAUGUAGUUGUGGGUUCAGCAGGUUUGAAGAACACUACUUUCACAUCAUCAUUUGCUUCGGACACAUCAAUAACUUUUCCGAUAAACUACUUUUUGUCAUUCACGCAUACAACAUAAUCAUUUUUGUUUAUGUCCUUGAUACUCAAUAAUUGUGAAGUUCUGUCAGUCUUAAAUUCAAUGUGUUUCGAACAAACAGAUGCAGAAAUCUUACUGACGCGAAGAGUUGAUCUAUCCAAUGGGAUGUAGCAAUGAUGAUCUCUAGUUCCAUCAAAUGUUUUUGCUUCUUCGAAGCGGUGUUUCAGAGUUUCAUGCUCUUUUUGUACAUCUUCUGCAGUAACCAGUACAAAGUCUAUGCCUUUAAUAUUCUGAACACAAAAAUCAAACAUUGUUUUGUGUGUGUUUAUGUGGCCCUCAGUUGGCCAUUGUAGACUCGCCUUUGUUACAAGCCUCUUUACUGUUCCGCCUAUCCCGUCACUUGGACCUUUUCCAUGGCUGGUGGAAAAAAAUGCCAUUCCGCAUGCACACCAAAAUCAUCGUAAUGUUUACAGAGGUUAGAAAAGAUUUUUCUAUUUUUAUAGUGACCUGCACAUCCAUCAGAAAAGUACAAGAUCUUCUUCAGCUUAGGAAUUAAUGAUUUUAUAAAGAGUACCUGUUGCUUCUGAAAUGCAUAGACAGCAGUGGUUGUGUGCUCCAUGCAAUCACUUAUUACACAUAGGCUCCUGUGGCAUGUGUCUUCUCCUGAUUCCUUCUUGAAAUAAACACAAAAUGGGUGGACAGUGGCUUGGACAUUGGCCCAGUGGUAACUUUGAAUUUCAUCUUGCAACACAAAUGUGUAAUUUUCAGAGAAAUCCGCAAUGACAACACAUUCAUUUUCUGGCAAAUUCCGUUUCGUAUCCUUGAGAAACUGUGAUUGACUCUUGGCAAUAAAAUGAUGACUCUUUAAAUCAGUUAACUUCAUAGCAAAAUUUUCUUUGAAUUCAGAGAAUGGUUCCAAAAUGGUGACCAACUUACAUCGAUCAGUAGCAACCCACUGUCAAUAAAAUAUUGUAUUUUCAUCAUCAUCUAUACUUUCAUGGCACAGUUCAUUGAAGUCCAGUUCAUCAACACCAGGACAUUGUGAGCACUGACCAAUCAUGCAAUUUUCUUCAUUGAUGUUGCACACUAUUGUAGAAAGCAGAGAUUUACAAUCAGAAAGGCCUAGAGCUGCAGCCAUCAAUUUCACAUUCUGAUGUAUAUAGCAAACACAUACUGUGCGUGUUCCACUAGCGCCAGCUAGAAUACACCACUGAGGCCUAAGGGCACAGAAGCUAGAAAAACCUACUUUUGCCAAUGGGUGCUUCUUUUUGAAUUGUUGGUAUAGCUCUUUUAAAUUACAAAGUAUCAGUCUUUUCUGCUUUAAUUCUUUCACUCCUUUUUCAAGACGUACUGAUUUGGUUUCUUUCAUCCCAGGACACAUCCUACUUACAUCUUCACUUUUAUAGAACUUCACAACGAGGUCUUUAAUUUCUUGACUAGUUUUCCUCCCUAUUUUUUGCAAAUUUACUUCAGGGAUAUAAGUAAGAUGUGAAAUUAAUUACUGAGUACUUGUUUGAAAUAAAGGGGAAAGUUAUUUAUACAACCUAGAAUGUAUUACUUUAAAGUUUGCCUGGCACCUAGGACACUCCAAGCAGUAUCUGUCUGUAGGCUUAUCAGUUAUUCUUGCCUUGCAUGCUGAGGCAUGCUUAUCUGCUGAUGUGCAGCAAGUCUGAGUCACAACAUUAGAUAGUGAAUACCUAGAAGUCUUGCCAGUAGACAGCCUUAGUAGUAAGCUAGCAGUUGUGCUGAGAGUGGAAAUAACAUUUUUUUCUCAGUGCUUUUUGUUCAAAACAAUUUUUUUUAUUAAUGCAGUAUAUAUGACCUGCAAGUUAGACAGUGAUAUUGACAUUUUUUCUCAGAGAUGUUUCUAUGUUAUUAACUGUUAUUAAUUUAUGGAGUGAUGUCAUGUUAGAAGAAUGGAGUGUUCCUUUGGGAUAUUCGUUAGAGAGGCAAUGAAAGAAGAUAGGAGCAUCAAUGAACACCCAGUGAAGCCGGAGCCAUUUGAAACAGUGUUCCUGAACAUGAAGCAGGAGAUGGAGGAGAGUGAAGACGACGCUGAUGGAGGUUGGGCGGCUUCAUGUGCUGAAACUGUGAUUCUCCCGGUCGACAUGUCAGGAGGCGGUGUGGCAGUGAAGCAGGAGCCAGGCUCUGGAGAUGACCCGGCGUGUGAGCCGCUGGGGGUGGCCGUCACGUACACAGGCAGUAGUGAACAGAUGUGCGUGGAACCAGGCAGUCCUGAAGAUCAGAAGGAUGCAGAACUAUCAAUUCGCUUGGAUAACCACGAACUAACACCACAGACUGGUAACUCGUUCCAGUCAUCCGAGUCUGAAACAUUAAAGUUGAGUUUGCAAAUGAGACACAAAUAAGAAAAAAACCUAAUAACAUACGAUAAUUUGUUUUGUUGUGAUUAUGAGUGAUACUGUGAUUCAAGUGUGGGUGAAAAGUUUUUACAAUGUAAUUGGCUUCUGCUGUUGGGAGACCAAUCUUGUGUUCUUUAUAUUCUGUAACUUUCAAGGGAAGGGGUGUUAUUAAAGUAGCUAUGAGACUUUGCACUGGUGAAUGGCCAUUCUCAUAUUCAUCAUGUUUAGCAAAUAUUUCAGGCACAAAAGUGAUCUUAAAGGAUAUGAAACUACA